AUGCCGCAAUGGCUCGGAUCCCUGACUAGCCAGAGUGACCAAUCUCUGGCCGGCGUCUUCAUGAUCAAGGGCGAGCCAUGGGUAUUCGAGAAUGCUCGUGGUCGAACCGCGGCUCCAUUUCAAGGAGCCCCCGCUGUCGUGAAUAUCCCCUGGAAGGAGCUUGAAAGUAUCCGGAGUUCCUUGCAGAGCCGUGAGCCGUUUACUGCAACUAUCAUGGGCUCUACCAUGGAGAUAGUUUGGACGAAUGGCGUGAGGAUUACCGCCAAUGUGCCUCAUUGCGAUACCUAUGCACACUUCUCGGGGGAAGGUAGCUGGCGGACGCAGUGA